CGAAGCUCCCGGGGAGAGGACGAUUCGUGCGCGGCGUCUGAUUGGAGGAACCGCGCUGCUGCAGCCUGGGAUCCCCCAGGGACUCCCCGGAGCCGCUGCUUUCCCCAUGGACUUGCCCGGGGACUCCAGCUCUCCUGGCCAUACGCGUCUAUGCCGCCAGCCCCUGGCUCGAGCUUUAUGGGGAGCCAGGAGUCCCAAACGGCAGAGGCUACAGCCCCUGGGGGCCCCUUCGCCCCUGGAAAAGGCCUCUCGGAGAGUCCUGACCGUAGUGCUCGAAGAUGUCAUGGCUGCCCACAUGGUCCCCCUUGUGCCCCAAGAGGAAACCUCCGUGCCACGGCACCACAUCCACCGUCAGGAUUCUGUCUGCAGCCAGCUGCCUGCCUCACCACCACGACAGGCUACAUGGUCCUCACAGGACAGGCCUCCAGACCCAUUGCAUUUAUGCCGAGAGCCCUUGAGCCACAUCCACCGGUCUCCUUCCACCCCAAGGCGACGAUCAAGGACAACCCCUGGCCCAGGGGAGAGCCUUUCACAAAAGGUGGACCAGGCCCCCCAGCCCACUCUGGUGGUGAUGCUGGAAGACAUUGCCAGUCCCAGACCCCCAGCCAAGGACUUUGCAGAUGAGACUCAUGACUUCAUCGUCCCAGCUGGAAGAACCAAGCCCAUGAUGAUGGUUCACCAGCCAAUGCCUCCGCCUCAAGGCCCGGAACUCCCCUUCCAACCAUCUGCCCUGCCCACAGAUGCUCAGGAGAGCUCACUACCAGCCCCAGAUCCUGUUCUGGAGCCCCCAUCGACCCCACCGCCGUCCAGCCUUUUACGCCCCCGGCUCAGUCCCUGGGGCUUGGCCCCGCUCUUCCGUUCCGUCCGCUCCAAGCUGGAAAGCUUUGCUGACAUCUUUCUCACGCCCAACAAAGCCCCACAACCCCCGCCCCCAUCACCCCCCAUGAAGUUGGAGUUGAAGAUUGCCAUCUCAGAGGCUGAGCAGUCUGGGGCUGCCGAGGUCACUGCCACUGUCAGUCCCCGGCCUCCUAUCCACCAAUGGCGGACCCAAGACAAUCCCCCAGCACCUCUCCCUAAGCCCUCUCUGGGCCGAAGCCACUCCUGUCCUGACCUGGGGCCCCCUGGCCCAGAUACCUGCAGCUGGCCCCCUGCUCCACCCCAUCGAAGUCGGCCCCGGCCCCGGCGGCACACUGUGGGUGGUGGGGAGAUGGCCCGAGCCCCGCCACCCUCUCGGCCCUGUCUCCGGAAAGAGGUCUUCCCUCUUGGAGGAAUGGGAGGUUCUUCUCCUCUCGUCACAUCUUGCUCGUCCACCGCAUCCACUUCCUCCUUCUCUGAACCUGCAGAACCCAGGUUGGGCUCAAUAGAGGGGAUGGAGCCAAGGGCCUCAGAGGAUCAGGUGCUUUCAGACCCUGAGACCAAGAUCAUGGGAAAGGUUUCUCGAUUCAGAAUACGCAGGACACCUGCUCGUCCUCAGCUAAACCUUACACCUAUGGGGCUGCCUCGACCAAUCAGGUUGAACAAGAAGGAGUUCAGCUUGGAAGAAAUUUAUACCAAUAAGAAUUAUCAGUCACCUACAACCAGGAGGACCUUUGAGACCAUCUUUGAGGAACCCCGGGAGCGCAACGGGACUCUGAUUUUCACCAGUUCAAGGAAGCUUCGUCGGGCUGUGGAAUUUCGGGACAGCAGCCUUCCUCGAUCCCGGCGGCCAACUCGAGGGGCCAGGGCUGCAGCUGGCAGGACCCUUACUCCCACCAUGCCCCCCAGCCCAGAUGUGGGACCCCUGCUGCAGCAACGACUGGAGGAGCUGGAUGCCUCGCUUCUGGAAGAGGAGGAAGGGGAUAGGGAGCAGCCCAGGUGGACCUAGGAACUCCAUUUGUUUUCUAUGUCCAGCCAUCCUGGUGGGAGGGGGAGCCUCUGAAGCAGUUUUAUUUUUUUCUCUAUAUUUCUAGUAAAGUUUCGAUAUGUUUCUGACUUUUUUGUGUGCCUCUAGCUGAGUUUGAUUGGCAGUAUUGAAUGAUGUUUCUACUUUGGCCCCCCAAAAUAUGGGAAAGUAG